AUGUUUUUUGCGUACUUAUCUUCAGUGGUUCAGCCUACAAAGCGUUGUGGCUCAACUUUCCCAUUUUCACUGUGUGGCCUGAGCUGUCACGUGCCAUGCUUUCCGGCCACGUCGACACAGCGUGAGAAGUUCUCGCAGGACGCGAGGAAUAGCAGGCCACGUGAGGAUCGCGAGGUGACCAGGAUGCAGCAUUUCCGGUUGCAGAGCUCUACGCUUGUGCCAGCCUUAACUUGUAGCUUAGCUGCGGCCUACCUUGUAAGUCGGCUGCGCUUGAAGCAAAGACGCGACCGCACCACCGAGGUGGAUGGUUUCAAGGAGACGGAGGAGUCGACAGACGACCUGCUUCAGCUACGGGAAACUGAUGCUCACGGCAUGCAGCAGAUCCAGCAGAUGAUGGUUGAGAUAGUGGGACACUUGUCCGUGAAGGAUGCUUUUUUUGCCCUCCCUGCAGCUUCCAAAUGGAUGCAAAGCACCUUCCACGAGGUGCGACUGAACAUCAGGCAGGGCGUGCUUUGGCCCAUGGCAUUUCCUCCGGAGACAGGUGAGUCGCAGCUCAGUUCUUUGGAAGUCCUAUUCCUUUGGUCCAUCUCUUCCACCUGGGUCGGCUCGCCCCACGUCUUGCCCCACCGCUCCCUGGUGGCUGCGGGUGUCCAUGCCACCAAUAUGCGGCCCGUGCGAUGGGCACUGCAGCAAUGUGGCUGGGAGCACCGAGGUGCCAAGAUCUUGCGGAACAUCUUUCAGUGGAAGGCGAAUCCUGACGAGCUGGACGUGAAUCGCUGGACUCCACUGAUCUGGGCUGCGCACAGGGGAUCUGUCUCAGUCUGCAGAGAGCUGUUGCAUGCUCGAGCGAAUCCAGACCACAUCGGCGCUGAAGGAUCCUCAGCUCUCAGCGUGGCCUGUCGCUCGGCGCACCGCUACACCGUGCAGCUGCUGCUGAUGGAAGGGGCGUCGCCGUUCUUGGUGCCUAUCGGCAAUGGCAACUUCGAUCAUCACGUAGGCGAAGACAUCUUAGAGAUGGUUCGGCAGUACCGCCACAUGUGCCCUCGGAAGAAGGAGGUUUUUGUGAUGUCCAGCCGCUGAGCCAUGGCUCGUAGAUCGUCCAUGAUCGUCCCAAGGUCGAAAGCCUGUGAGUUUAACGCAGAUUGCAGAUGCACCAGUUCGUCUUA